UAUUUUGUUUACCCAAAAGAACAGCGUUUUUUACAACGCAUGAUGCAGAAUUACCUGUAUAAUGAGUCGAUGAAUGUAUAAUAACUUUAUAUUUUGAAUUAGUUAUUUCUAGAGACUCUUUUGCUGUCAUUUAACUUUCAUAAUGGUUGUUACAAACAUCCACCACGUUUCUGGUAAUAUUUAGUGCUUAACAGUAAUUUUUGUAUUGGAAAUGCACACCGGUAAUCGCCGGCUGUCUUUAAUUGAAGCACAAACUUUCGGUUUUUCUUUAUUUUCCAUCAACAUGAAAACAUCACUCGGCGCGGUGACGUCAUCAGGGCUGCGUCAGAGCUGCUGAAAAUCUGCCGAGAGAGUUUAGUGUUCCUCAGCGGAAUAAUACUUAUUCAAGGACACGAGAUGUCCAGAGAUGCAUCCGCACUUUACUAAAGUGUAGAGACGACGUUAUUAUUCUUCAUUAUAAGCUCGAAUACAUCAAUCAAGAUCAUAUAGCUGCUGGAGGCUUCGGGUUUUAGUCAAUAUCGAGAGUUAAAUGGCGGUUUUAGUAGUGAAAUGCCUGCAGACAGAUAUGUUUCAUCGUCUGUUUUCCUUCCACUGGUAUUUUCGUUUUGAACAUGACAAGAACUAGAAGAUAAUCUGAAAUACUGCAGUAAAUAUGGAGAGUGAUGCAGAAACACACACCAUGACAGAUGAGGACACUGAGGGACUUGCAGAGCAGAUGAAGGUGGAAGAUGAAGAAGUGAAUGAAGAGAAGAGUUCAACAAGUGAAGAGAAGUCCUCUAGCGGCUCAGAGACUGCUCCACCAAAAGGCUCCUUCUCCUGCCCGCAGUGUGGGAAGAGCUUCACGCGUAAAGGACACCUGGAGGUCCACAUGGUGAUCCACACAGGUGAGCGGCCGUACACCUGUCCUCAGUGCGCCAAGAGCUUCACAUGUAAGGGAAGCCUGAAGGAUCACUUCAGGAUACACACCGGAGAGCGUCCGUUCACGUGUCCGCAGUGCGAAAAGAGCUUCACCAAUUCAGGAGGACUAAAGAGGCACUUGAGAAUCCACACAGGUGAGCGUCCGUUCACCUGUCGACAGUGUGCAAAGAGCUUCCCGAGCUCAGGAGAGCUGAAACGGCACAUGCGCAUUCACUCCAGAGACAGACCGUACACCUGCCCUCAAUGCGGGAAGAGCUACAAACAGAAAGAGGUGCUGAGGGAGCACACGAAAACACACUCCGGGGAGAAACCGUUCACAUGCACGCUCUGCGGGAAGAGCUUCACUCAGCAGAGCACGCUGAAGGUGCACAUGAAGGUGCAUUCUGGAGAGAAGCUACACCAGUGUCCUGAGUGCGGCAGGAGGUUUGCUGAAGCGUGCAAUCUGAAGACACACCUGCUGUCACACACUGGAGAAAGACCCUUCAGCUGUGAGAAGUGUGAGAAGAAGUUUUUCCUGGCCGUGCAUUUAAAGACACACAUGAGGAUUCACGAGGACGAGCGGCGGUACGUGUGCUCAUUCUGCGGGAAGAGUUUCCUGUGGCUCAAUGGCUUUAAGGACCAUCAGAAGACACACAUUGGGGAGAAACCCUACGAGUGUUUGGAGUGCGGGAAAACCUUCGCCAGAGCUGCAGAGCUGAAGGUGCACGAGCGCAUCCACACCGGAGAAAAGCCCUACAAGUGCUCACACUGUGAAAAGAGCUUCACUCAGUCGUCAGGGCUGAAAGUGCACGAGCGAGUGCACACUGGAGAGAAGCCGUACCUCUGCCCUACAUGCGGGAAGACUUUCAGCAGAUACGGCAGUCUAGCGAAACACCUGAAAAAGGCUUGUCCAAAGCUGAGAAAGUGAACAAGGGUCACAUUCAAAUUAGACUCUGGGGAUACCACAUUAAAUAUAUAUAUAUAUAUAUAUUAAGUCUUUUUGAGACAUGCUACAGUACAGUACUUGAAUUAAUCUGCUGUGGUGAUUCUACAGUUGUUACGGUAACUCGACAACUAUAGUAAUCAAUCUUGUGGUGAUUCUACAGUU